CACUCCUUCAACUCCCAACGGUUUGGAGAGAACAGUGCCCGUUAUCAAUGGUUCAAGUGCGCCCAUUGACAUGGAACGUGGAGCUCUGCAGGUUCGAUUCAGUAUCUCCAUUGGAGGACUCGCAAUGUUUCUUCUCAAGGCAUGUACUCUUCUCCGAUCAUCUCUUUGUGCAUGGAGAGUCUCAGUUUUUGGCGCCUAUGGCUACCUCAACUUCACCAAAUCUGCAUUCAGUGAACAUUCUAAGAUGUUCAAACCAGAAGAUAUGCAAGCAAACAUUGAAGGGAAAAAUUGCAUUGUUACUGGGGCGAAUUCUGGGAUUGGAUAUGCAACUGCAGAGGGUUUAGCAUCACGUGGAGCUACCGUCUACAUGGUAUGCCGCAACAAGGAAAGAGGAGAAGCUGCUCUCUCUGAGAUAAAGUCUAAAACAGGAAACCAAAAUGUUCAUUUGGAGGUCUGUGAUCUUUCGUCAAUCAGAGACGUUAAGUCAUUUUCCUCGAAUUUUAUUUCAAAGAAUGUCCCGGUCCAUGUUUUGGUUAACAAUGCGGGAUUGCUCGAGAAUAAUCGAGUUACAACAUCUGAAGGGUUCGAAUUGAACUUUGCUGUGAAUGUUUUAGGCACUUAUGCAAUGACUGAAUUAAUGAUGCCAUUGCUGGAGAAAGCUGCACCUGAUGCAAAGGUCAUCACAGUUUCUUCUGGUGGAAUGUAUUCAGUUCCCUUAACUAAUGAUCUGCAGUUUAGUGAAGAAAAAUUUGAUGGGGCCAAACAAUAUGCACUUAACAAGCGAGUUCAGGUGGCUUUGACAGAGAAAUGGGCAGAGAAGUACUCCAACAAAGGGAUCGGAUUCUACUCGAUGCACCCCGGCUGGGCCGAAACGCCCGGAGUUGCUAAAUCUCUACCAAGUUUCACUAAAUCGCUCUCGGGGAAGCUAAGAACGAGGGAGGAAGGGGCCGAUACGAUUAUUUGGUUGGCGUUACAGCCGAAUGAGAAGUUGGUACCGGGAGCAUUCUACUUUGAUAGAAGUGAAGCGCCAAAGCAUUUAGCAUUUGCUGCUACAAAGUCCUCUCAUGCAACAAUUGGGUCUAUAUAUGAUCAUCUUCGUUCAUUGUCUGGUUUGGCUCACUAAUUUAGAUCAGAAAAGGUGAAAAGAGUGUGAACUUCUAUUAUGUAUUUUAUGAAAACUUGUAUGAAUUAACUAACUACUGGUUCUUAUUUUUAAGCCUUUUUAUUUUCUUUUAACUAUUUUUCUAAAACCUUUUGAUUUUAUCUCGGAGGAAGAUCAAGUUA